GAUCUAAAAAUAUUAAACUUUAUGCCGUAAAAGAGCAUGCUAAAUCCAAAGAUCACAUUAACUCAUCUAAAAAAAAAGAAAUUGUAACUGCAUCAUCGGGACAUAUUAUUAGUUUGAUGAAGAUUGUUUAUUGUAUAGCACAAAAUGAUAUUCCUUUAAAAAAAUUUAACCAAAUGACAAGACUUAGUCAAUUAUUGUUAUCUAUUGCUACUUCAAUUGAAUUAUGCCUUGCUACGGCUAUAAGUAUCAUAGUUUAUGAAAGCACAGACAUUGCAACAGAAUCACAUAUUGUUGUUUAUGUUAGAUAUAUCUUUGAUGGUAUUAUUAAAAUUCAAUUUUUAAGUUUAUUACAACUUGAAACUAAUGAUUCAAAGUCUAUUUAUAAUAUCAUAAUUAGUCCUUUUAUUUCUAAAA